AUGGCGGCCGCGGGCUUGGUGGCUGUGGCAGCGGCUGCGGAGUACUCUGGCCCCGUGGCGUCUGGGGGAAACCUCUCCGGUGCAAACUGUGGACCGAGCCCUGGGCUAGGCCCUGGUCCUGGCCCGGGCUCGUGGAGCCGCUCGGUCGACCGAGCCCUGGAGGAGGCGGCGGUCACCGGGGUGCUGAGCCUGAGCGGCCGGAAACUGAGGGAGUUUCCCCGGGGAGCGGCCAACCAUGACCUGACGGACACCACCCGGGCCGACUUGUCACGGAAUCGCCUCUCAGAAAUUCCUAUGGAAGCAUGUCACUUUGUCUCUCUGGAAAGUCUUAACCUAUACCAGAAUUGUAUUCGGUAUAUCCCAGAGGCCAUUCUAAACUUACAAGCUCUGACAUUCUUAAAUAUUAGUCGGAACCAACUGUCGACAUUGCCAGUACACUUGUGUAAUUUACCAUUGAAAGUCUUAAUUGCUAGUAAUAACAAAUUGGUCUCACUUCCUGAAGAAAUUGGACAUCUCAGACAUUUGACGGAACUUGAUGUGAGCUGCAAUGAAAUUCAAACCGUACCUUCCCAAAUUGGUAAUCUGGAAGCCUUGAGAGACUUUAAUGUAAGAAGAAAUCAUCUAGUACGCUUGCCUGAAGAGCUGGCAGAGGUGCCUCUGAUACGACUAGACUUCUCGUGCAAUAAAGUCACAGCCAUCCCCGUGUGCUACCGGAACCUUAGGCACCUCCAGGUGAUCACCCUAGAAAACAACCCACUGCAGUCACCUCCUGCACAGAUAUGUAUAAAAGGCAAAAUCCACAUAUUUAAAUACCUGAACAUACAAGCUUGUAAGAUUGCUCCAGAUUUGCCAGAUUAUGAAAGGAGACCAUUGGGAUUUGGCUCAUGCCAUGAAGAACUGUACUCACGUCCUUAUGGAGCCCUCGAUUCAGGCUUCAAUAGUGUGGACAGUGGGGACAAGAGGUGGUCAGGAAAUGAGCCUACAGAUGAAUUUUCAGAUUUGCCGCUUCGAGUGGCCGAGAUUACUAAAGAGCAGAGACUUCGGAGAGAGAGCCAGUACCAGGAAAAUCGCAGCAGUGUGGUAGUCUCAAAUGGUGGAGUGGAGCAUGAUCUGGAUCAGAUUGACUACAUUGACAGCUGCACUACAGAAGAAGAAGAGAGCGAUGUCAAACAGCACAAAGGCUUGGAUGCCAACAGUCUCAGCUCACAGUUCAUGGCAUACAUUGAACAACGGCGGAUCUCCCAUGAGGGUUCAGCAGUAAAGCCAGCAGCUGUUAGAGAGUUUCAGAAACCAGAAGACAUGAAAAGACACUCACAUCAAAGCAGGGUUCCAGCUGAGCCAUCAUCCGUGUUAUCACUGCCACCAAACCACAGUCGGCUUUCACAUUCAGACUUGGAGCUUCAUCAGAGGAGAGAACAGUCAGUCGAGUGCACUCGGAGAGAGGCACAGCUCGCAGCCCUGCAGUAUGAGGAGGAGAAAAUAAGGACUAAGCAGAUUCAGAGAGAUGCUGUCCUGGACUUUGUCAAACAGAAAGCAUCACAAAGUCCACAGAAACAGCAACCUCCUGGAGAUGGUGAGUGUCCCCUCCCAUCCCGAAGGUCUCAGCACACAGAUGAUAGUGCCUUGUUAGUGUCGCUGUCAGGCAUGGACCGAGGAAGCUGCGUGGCCACCCUGCCUCACUCUUCUGCCUUCACACCUCUGAAGAGUGACGACAGAGUCAGUGUCACCUCAAGCUUUCCCACGACAGAGACAGUCCAUCAUUCCCCUGCAUAUUCUUUUCCUGCUGCUACCCAGAGAAAUCAGCCCCAGCGCCCUGAAAGCUUCCUUUUCCGAGCUGCCGUUAGGGCAGAAACCAAUAAAGGGCGGGCCUCACCCCUUCUGUCCUCUGCACCUGACCCUGCGGAUCCUGUGACGAGACAGAGAGAAGAGGAGCUGAAGUUAAUAGACCAGCUGCGCAAGCAUAUUGAGUACCGGUUAAAAGUAUCUCUGCCCUGUGAUCUUGGAGCAGCUCUAACUGAUGGUGUUGUACUUUGCCACUUGGCCAAUCAUGUUCGGCCUCGAUCUGUCCCAAGCAUUCAUGUCCCAUCUCCAGCCGUGCCUAAAUUAACAAUGGCAAAAUGCAGGCGAAAUGUGGAGAACUUCCUGGAAGCUUGCAGAAAAAUCGGUGUACCCCAGGAGCAAUUAUGUUUGCCUCUGCACAUUUUAGAAGAGAAGGGGUUGAGCCAGGUUGCCGUGACUGUCCAGGCCCUCCUGGAACUUGCCCCGCCCAAGCAGCAGCAGCAGCAGCAGCAGCAGCCACCCCAGCUCUCUGCUGUCUGAGGACUCCCAGGGCCCUGGGUGUUGACACAGCCAAAACAAGGAGCCGGAGGAUGCGAUUGCGGCACCGCCUGCUCAGACAGCCCUGUGUGUUCCUAGAAGCGCUGUCUUCAUGAUUCCUGCCAGGAAUGUUUGCUUCAUCUCUCCAUUUUAGGGGAAAUUAUUUCCGCUAUUUUUUGUUUUUAAUGAAGACACGGUUUUCUUAAGUGGAACUUUCAUUACUGAGGACUCAACAUGGAAGCCUAAGCUGGCUCUGCUUUCUUCGUGGGGAGCAGGCUCAUUUUUCAUCCGGAGACAGGAUCUUGGAAACCGCAUCUCUCUGUCUCUCGGAAGACAGGUGUGCUGCUGUCUUUCCAGUUCCCCGGGUUCUACAGCUCGCUGGUUUCCACAGUUGGGCUUCAUUCUCCUGGAGCAUUUGUGAAAUCCAGAUUUACAUCAGAGGUUUUGGCUGUGGCCUGGGAACCUGCAUUUUCAGCAGACGUUGCAGUUGCUCUCAGGCAGUAGACUCUGCCAAGACACAUAGUUAUGUGGUUUGGGUACCACCCUACUGCACUUUUCAACUGCAUUCAAAUCAAAGGCUAUGUUAUGAUGACUUGGACAGUUCUGUCAAAGAGAACAGAAAUAAUAGAGAAGCCCUCGAUUUUGCACAGUACAACGGUUAUUUAAAACCAGUGUCCAGGCCUCUCCACAGCCCUGCCCGCUCCCACCCCAUCUUUUCUUGGAGGGUGGUUCUGUACAUCACCCUGCCAUUUCCUAAACACAGACACUCUACACACAGUCCUAAGCUGUACAGUGUAAUGUGCACUACUCAACAGUAUUUGCAUUUGCUUCAGUGAACCCUGCAUGCUGAUCCCAGGGCACCUGAACCAGGCGUGGCAGAUGCAGUAACAGCUCCCUGACUCAUGGGACACCGAACACAACACCAAAAGAGCUGAAGGAAAACCACACUUCCUACAGUCCUUGCAGGUGACAGCCAGUUUCCUUAGCUUUAAGAAAGCACUCAGAGCAGCUUCCUGUCUCUCGUCUAGCCCCUCCCCCAUCCACCGCCUGUGCCUUACUCCUCUGAGUAGACAACAGAAGGACCUAGGCUCCAGCACAACGUAGGUGUCUUCAGUUAAACUUAAGUACACGUGUGUUUCUUCCCCUAGGUUUUGCACACUUGUUAGUUGUUGUGUCUUUGAUGUGGCCAGUAGGGUAAUUACAUAAAAGCUGUUUCACAGGGUAUGCCCUGCAGUCAGUAACUCUUAGAGUUUUUCUUCCCAAGACUUGCAUUUGAGAACAGUAUUUACCCUGUGCAGCAUCCAAAAGUAAUAACUUCGAAACUGGACCAUGUUCCAUCCCCAGCACCACCUGGGCUACCUUAGACUGGCUGAAGAGCUGCCUAAGCAGCUGAGAGCACUUGCUCCUCUUGCAGAGAGUCAGGGUUCAAUUCCCAGCACUCUUUGAUGACUUCCUCAGGUACCAGGCAUGUACGCAGUACACAUACAUGAAGGUAAAAUAUUCAUACAUGUAAAAAUAUUUUUUAAAGAUAUCCUUUCCCUAAAAAAAAAAAAUCCUUCCUCUAAAAGUGACUUUGAACAAAAUCAUUUUGAGUAAUCAAAAUGAUUUCCCCUUGUUCAUGCAGAGAAGUGUUUAUUAGAACAUUGCCACGUUACCCAAGCAGCCGGGUAUGGCGGCACAUUCCUGCAACUCAGGAGGCUAGGGCAGGAGCCUCGUGAAUUUAGGGCCAGCCUGGGCUACGCUGCAAGAGACAGUAAGUAUAACAGAGCACCUGGGCUCCUGCCCAGCCCUUCAGGGUCCUCACAGGAGCAAGCAGCAAGGCCUGUCCACCACCAGCUGUGCUUCCUUCUAGUCGGCAUGAAACCUCAGCAUAAUUUCUAACUUGUAGCUUCUAAUGUUGUGUAGAAAUGAGUCCAGAAGACAUUACAUAACACAACACUUGAAGCAGCUGAGAGUUCCGGAGAGUAGGCUGGCAUUGCAGAGCGGGGAGGCUCAUGCCUUUACCCAGCCUUUGAGGGGCGGGAGGCAGAGCUCCUCUACCCAGUGAGACCCUACCUCAAAAGAAAGAGGACAUUUUAAUAUUUCAGUUUUUCAUGUGAGGCCUUACUGUACUUACCAAGUUAAUUCAGAUUUAAUCAUUAGGAAACAUUUGCACAGUUUUAGCUGUGGUUGUUAUAAAGUUCUGAGUCAGCAUAUAACAAACCAGGUUUUCUGUUGGUCUUUUGUGGCUUCAUAUAUGUUUCUAAAUUGGAGAGAACAAUACACUUUUAUAUUUAAUCUUGCUAGAGACCCCAGUGUAAGAUAAAGUUAGUCUUAUCAUAGUCCCCUGACCGGAAAUGGCUGUCCUACCAGUGCUGAUGGUGGAUAAACCAAGUGCCUGCCUGGCCCUGCCCCGCCACCUAUAGAGAUGUCAUGUCAGCGGUCUCCAGACUUGCAGAGGCAUCUCUGCCUAGCACUCGGACCAGGCUCCUCCUGUAAUGAGCAGGUCUGAGGGACUCGCUAGAGGGAUGAAGAGACUAGAAAGGGCAGAGCGGUGGGUGGUUCCCCAACUGCUCUGUAAGUACACCUUGCAGCUAUCAAGGAGCCUGUAAUCUGCCUCCCUCGAGUCAGCAGCAGCCAAUGGUGCGCUGUGCUGAUGAGUGUGAAGGACUGAGGACUCAGAUGGUUGUGAAAUGAAGGAAAACCUGCUCCUUUAGAAGCCUUGUAUAUACACGGUGCAGCGAGGCGGUUACAGCAGAUUUGACUUCUGAAAUGUUACACACAUGUAAUUAGUAAAAGGUUUUGUAAACAUUGUCCUAUAUUUGUAUGUCUGUAAAUAUAUUGUGUAAGUUCUAAGUAUAAAUAUGUUGAUACUGUGUAUGUUAUUUUAAGUUGCCUGUAUGCCAUCUUAUAUGUGGACAUUAAAAUAAAAGCCAAUACUGCCAUA